AAGUUUCCGUUGGUUUUUAGUUUUUAUUUAACAAUUGUAAAUCGUUUUUCUUUUGUGCUGUGUUUGUUUUGAGUGUGUCAUUUUCAUUUCGGUUUUAUUUUGCGUGAAUGGCUUUUUGGCGGAAAAUGUUUGAUAGGCGAAAAAAAAAAACAUUGUGAUCGCAAAGUCUAGAGCAAUCAAACAACUGUAUAACUGACUGAGUUCCGUUUUUACGACAAUUGCGAUCAUUUAUAAUGUCAUAGUAUCACAUAACCAUAACAAACAACUCUCUAUGAUGAUGCUUUAAACAUCUGGUACACUGAAGUUGGGAGUUUAAGAAAAAAGAAAUAAUGACUAGAGCUGUCUAGCGCUGUAAGCAGUGUAUGUGUGUUCUCGGGCGUUUGAAAAUAAAUUUGUCGCUAUUGAAGUGGUUGGUGUUGCGCGUGUCGAAGUCAAGACAAACGGAUUGUUUGCGAAUUGCGUGUUUUCAUUCAAAAUCUAAAUAAAGAAAAUUAAAUCCAAGGAAACUGUUUUAUAAGCCGCCCAUCUAUAACUUUUUGGACAUCAGCAAAAACAGCAGCAGCAAUAACAACAACAUGGUGCAAUAUUGGAAAUCCAGUGUUGUAUUUGCAACAACAAUUUUAAUGGUCUGCUCUGGUGCCUUGGCUCAACAACUGAAACCAAACCAGGAGGAUCCAUGCAAAGUUAAAGGACGUGUGGUCGGCGAUGUCACCUAUUGUGAUCGCUAUUGGGAAUGUGUCAACAACCAACCGGAAUUGUACGACUGUCCAAAUGGCCUGGUAUUUGCUGGCAAACAUCGUGGCGUAACGGAAGGCUGUGAUUAUCCAUGGCGUGCCAACUAUUGCGAGGACAAACAAAUGGCGAAUGGUCCAAUUUCAACGGAACACUGUGACUGGUUGUACGGUAUAUUUGGUCAUGAAACAUCGUGUACCCGCUACUGGACUUGUUGGAAUGGCACUGCCACCGAACAGCUAUGCAUUGGCGGUUUGCUCUACAACGAGAAUGCCCACAGCUGUGAUUGGCCUGAAAAUGUCGAUGGCUGCCAGAAGCAUCCUCUCUGCAAUGAUGACCCCAACGGCAAUGUUCCUUUGGGCAAAUCCUGCAACCGUUAUUGGCAAUGCCAGGGCGGUUAUCCACGUUUACAACGUUGCCCGGCCAUGCUUGUUUUCGAUAGGCAUUCGUUGCGCUGUGUAGUGCCACCAACAGAAGAAUGUGAUAUCCCGACAACACCAGCUCCCUUCGACGGUGAUGGCGAGAAUAACAAUGUCAGCGGUGGUGGCCAACUGGCGAAAGAUGAACAGGAACGUAAGUUGGCCAAUGAAGGUGUACCACCACUACCAUUGCAGGGAAAGAAUUUCCAAAGAGCCAGAAAUUAAAAACACACAAAAACAAGAGAAAAACAAAAACAACUAAAUUUCAUCAAGGAAAACAACAACAUCAUCCAGUAGAGAGCCUGUCUUAUAACUCACAUCUCUCUCUCUCUCAUCAUCAUCAGCGGCUAUAUAUUUCAACACAAUAUUGAUGAGUGACCAAGCGGAAGUCAUGCUCUUAAAUAGGAAAACAAAAUACCAACACCGCCAACAACAACAACACCGAUGAAAUUUAUAUAUUUUAACAAGAAAAGCAGCAGAAAUGGCUUCUUUGAAAGCAGAACAAACAAGAAACAAAUUCUUUUGUAGAAAAUAUGUAAUUUAAACAAAAUUAUACCAUUAAAAACACAACAACAACAGCAUCAUCAUGAAAAACAACACCACUCAUUUUUUUUGCUAUAAGUAUGAUUUGUAAAGUAAAGGCAAGAGGAAGUAAAUAUCUUCAGAUAGAAACUUAUCAUUUUUUUGUUCUUACAUUUGUUGCUGUGGUUGUUACUGUUGUCCCCCUCACACUUACACACACUUAUACACUCUGAGCUUGCCCCCAUGCCUUUUUAAGAUAGACAUCAAAUCACAAUGUCAUUUGCAUAAAUCACAUUUACAUUUUUUCGUUGUUGUUGCUAUUUGCCAGCACCCUCAUCACCCAAAGUGUAAUGUGAUGGAGAUGAAGGAAAAAAAUGCAAGAAAUCUUUCGCAUUUCUGUUUUACAAAAGGACAUUAUGGCGCAAUUAGUUUUGACCGCUUGACUGACUUACACCCACACCAACACCACCACCAUCGCAUUUCUUCAUCAAAGUAUUCAAGUAAAUAAAAUUCCAUGACAGAAACCAGAUUUGCUUGAGCAGGAUUUUCAGUCAUGCCACAAGAAAACUUGUGACCAACUUAUUUUUUGAGGUGAUAAAAAAAUCGUAAUAUCAUUACAAAGAAAGUCUUAAAAUUAUAAUCAUCACCAGAAGCUGGAAAAUAAUUAUCAUCUUCAAAACGCGACUUCAUUUCAACAAUGGCCUUUUGAAAAAAAGAGACGAAAUCGGCCAACAUCUUUGGCAUUAUGAUCGGUCGUCAUCAUUCCAUUCCAUCAUGUAAUAAUGCCAUAUUUUUUAAACAUCUGUUGUUUCCUCUGAAAUCCUUCUUUAAUAAUAUUCAAUUCUAUGCCAUCAGCAAAAUCAUCAUUAUCGUCAUCUGCAUCAUAGACAAGACAACACACUUCCUUGCCCCCAUUGUCCUCUUCCAUCAUUUUAAGUGUGGUUUGUGUAUCAGCUACUUCAUAACAUAACAAUAACCAUAGAAUUGUGGCAGUAACAACAGCAGCACCGACGUCCAGUUAGCCAGCCAGCCGGAAAAAAAUAUUCCCAUUAUCCUUAAGCUAUCAGAAAAAAUAUUGUAUAAGAGCAAUAGCAGAACAAACAACAAUUUAAACGUAGUUUUUAAAAACAUCAGCGUCUUUGUAGUAUUUUUAAAUCUGUAUUUUAUUCUGUACGAAAAAGAAAAAUUUAAUAAAGACAU